UGAAAAUUAAAAUAAAUGAAAAAUUCGGGUAUAAAUAUUUACCAAUAAUUUAACCCUUGCACAAACCUCGCGACAGAUCCUACUCUCUCUACUCACUCAUCAGCCGCAUUCUUCUUCCUCUCCAAUCGUUCCUUGAUCUCUCCAUCACCAGAAGGAGAGAUGGCAGUUUCUGAAGUAGCCUCAACCCCGACCACUCAGAUGGUUGGCAAUGCUUUUGUGGAGCAGUAUUACUCUAUUCUGCACCGUGACCCGGAUCAGGUUCACAGGUUUUACCAUGAUUCAAGUGUCUUGAGUCGACCUGAGGAAGAUGGUACCAUGACAUCUGUCACUACCACUGCGGAAAUUGAUAAAAAGAUACAAUCUCUCGAUUACACAAGCUUUAGGGUAGAGGUUCUGAGUGCUGAUGCUCAACCCUCGUUUAAUAAUGGGGUAAUGGUUGUAGUGACCGGCUGCUUGACUGGAACUGACAAUGUUAAGCGCAAGUUUGCUCAAUCAUUUUUCCUAGCUCCACAGGACAAGGGCUUCUAUGUUUUGAAUGAUGUUUUUAGAUAUGUUGAUGAGUAUAAGUCAAUUGAUAUUGAGUCUGUACCAGCAAAUGAUGUUGAUGAAAGUGCUCCAUCAGAAGCUUUUACUCCAGAGCCAGAGCCUGUCCAUGUUCCUGAAGAAAUUCCACCCAGUCAACCUGUUAUUGCUGAUACUGAGACUAUCAUCAGCAAAGAAGUGACCCUUCCAGUGGAGAAUGGAAAAUUACCAGUUGUUGAAACUGUGAUUCCUGUUAAUCAUGUUAAAGAGCCAAUCCAUCAAGAAUUACCCCCAGUCACUGAGAAAGUUGCUUCUAGUGCACAAGAGGAUACUCCUAAAAAGUCUUUUGCAUCCAUUGUGAAUGCCUUGAAAGAUAAUUCUGCUCCUUUCCAUUUGAGGGCUUCCCCUGCAAAACCCGCUGUGCAACCACCCCGUGUACACAGCACCGUGCCUGCUCCUGAAGUACAAGCCCCGCCUAACACUGACAUUCCACUGGAAAGGAAUAAUGAGAAUUCAGGUAAGGCUCAUGCAAUAUUUGUUGCGAAUUUGCCUAUGAAUGCAACAGUAGAGCAAUUGGAUCGGGUUUUCAAGAAAUUCGGUUCCAUUAAACGUGAUGGUAUUCAAGUUAGAAGUAACAAGCAACAGGGAUCCUGUUUUGGUUUUGUGGAAUUUGAAUCCGCUGCUUCAUUGCAAAGUGCCCUAGAGGCUUCUCCUCCUGUUAUGUUGGACAACCGCAGACUUUCCAUUGAAGAAAGGCGAGGGCGGAGUGGAUACCGCAACGACCGAAAUGACGGUUUCAGGGGCCGUGGCAACUUUGGUGGCGGCCGUGGUGGUGGAGGCAGCUUCAACGGAAGGAAUGAUUUUGAGAAGAGAGGCGAUUUCUCUGGCCGGCCUCGAGGAGGCAAUAAUAAUGGGCGAAUCAACGGAGAUGCUGUGCCAAGGAGUUAUCAGAAUGGUGGUGGAAAAGCCCCUCGUCAACAAGCACCGGUGAAAGUUCAAUAAAUUGAUUCUUUUUAUUGGUAAUUGAGUGGGCGGCAGCGGGAGUUUUAGUAGAUAGAGCAUCUAGGGAUUUUGGUUUGCAUUUGAACUAGAGUCUUUACAUUUGGUCUGAGUUCUUUGGUUAAAUUAAGUGUUUCUACUCUUUUUUUUCUUGAUCUCUUCCAAUUUUGUUACUUAUUUACUGUAUCUAAUUUUCUAGCAUGAUUGUUUUGGGAUUGGUCAGUUAUAUACCAUUUUUAUUUAGAAUAUUGAUGUCUUUUUUUAUUA